GGACAGGCGCUAAGCAAUUGUGAAAUCACCAAAAAAGUAGGGAGGCAGAGGGGGAAUAAAGGGAAGCCGGGCCUGAAUAAUCCUCACUGAGUCAUCGUUUCCUGAAUGAUAGAGCUUGCCGCUUGGCGGGGACGAGGGGUGCAGAUCCGGAGAAAGCAACCUGAGCGGCCCGUGGAGGACAAGCCCAGGAAGAGUCCCCGGCGCCUCGCCCUACAACUGGGGGACCCGAGAGCCGGGGGCGGGCGGGCGGGAGGGGGGGGGGGUGGGGGGCCUGACGGCACCCACGUGCCACAGCGCCCCCCUGUGGCCGCGCCGCAGUCCCCGCCGCUCCCCGCUCGCCCGCAGACCGCUCUCCCCGCGGCCCAAGAAACAAGACACGCACAAAGUUUCCGAACCAGGCGGUUAGAGAAAGGUCGAGGCCAGGCUCCGGAGCCUCGAAGCGCGGGCGUGGCUGGAGCGGCGCCCAGCGUUCCGAAUUCUGGAUGCCCCUAAAGAACCCACCUGCAGUCCACCGCCCCACCCAACGUUGCCCUCCUUGCUGGGGUGACAAGUGGAAGCAGCAACCCCCCCCCUCCUCCUGCCCCUCCAGCCUCCGGUUUGGGAGGCAAUGUUCCACCAGGGUUUUCCCCGCCGUCCGCAGUGGACCCGCUGGCGGUAGGCGGCGGCGGAGGGGAAGCGGCGCCCCGGAGCCGGGGACCCAGAGCGGGCGAGGCCCGGCCCGGCGCGGCGCUUACCUCGUCCACGGGCCGGUCGCCGAGGCGCUCCAGGGGCUCGCUGGGUGAGAAAAGGGAAGCCUCCGCCGCCGCGGCCGCUCGGCUUCUGCGGGGCUGGGGCUCCGGGUUCCUC